AAUUCCGAAGUUGUCAUGCCACAACCAUUCACCAACUUUGAUGAAGAAGUGGAUACUGGUGUUAUGUGUCAAAUAUGUGACUGUUGGCUGUCUGGAAGACGUGAAUUUGAUCGUCACUGCGAACAGAGACAUCCUAUCGUGGUCGAUGCCGAUAGUACAACGGUUGUUCACAGUUACGAUCAACCAGUAACACCACCUAGCGCUUUUCUGAUUCAUUCUCCAAAUUCUGAUAUCGGGUCUAGUUCAUCGGCGUCAUAUUCUCCUGCCACAUCGCGAAAAAGAAACCGGUAUUCGUCACCUGGUGACUCUAGUUCUUCCAGUGGAAAGAGUAACAAGCAUCUUUGCUUGGCCUGCGGACGUUAUUAUUCUUCGGAGUGGAACUUGGAACGGCACAAACGUGAAAGUUGUCCAUUGAAAACAAAGCGUAGUAAAGUAAAUGAAGAAAAGUCACCAAAGCUUUUAAAAUUGGAAACUCUGGAACUUCCUCCGUUACGUUUAAGUGACACAAAUUGGGUUGCUGAUUGUCAUCUUAUCAUUGGUGACUCGCGGGUUGCUGUUUCUAAAACGGUACUUUCUACAAGCUCAACUUACUUUGCUUCAUUGUUCCAAUAUUACGAAGGUAAGAAUGAAGUGCCUUUGUCUGAGACAGUAGAUCCAAGUGUAUUCAGUUUGGCUAUGGAUGUUUUCAACGGCCAGCAGAAUUUAGACGAGAGUUCAAUUGAUUUCGUCAUGUUCGUAGCAGACAAGUUUGGUAUAAAAUCGCUGUAUGAGAAGUGUGAAAGUUUUGUAGCCGAAAAGUUGCCAGCGUCGUCAGUUAUGCAUGCAAUUCGACUGGCCGAUGAAUACAACAUGUUGGACCUGAAAAAUGCACUGUUUAGCUCAAUCUCAAUUGACGUAUUUCGAGGUCUUUCUGCAGAUCGAGAUUACUGUUCUAUGGAACCGAAACUAAAGGCGGAGUUGCUUGAAAAAUGGGGUACAUUUCUGUGA